CCUGUGUGUGCCCGGCGCCGGCGUGUGCGGCGCCCGCCGGGUGGCCAUCCGGGCGUGUGCCGGGGGGCGCCGCGCCCGCGGGCCGCUCCCCGAGGGGCCGCCCCGCGGGCCGCGUGUGUGCCGGGGGCUGUCGCGCGCCCCAGCGGAGGGGCCGUGUGCAGGUACUGGCCCAGGCCCUGACUCCCUGGAGAGAGAUGAAGAGACCGAGAUUCAGAGAGGUUCAGACACUUGCCCGAGGUCACACAGCUAGUCUCACUUCCCGCUGCUCCCGCCCUUGCCCCGCACCAUGGCUCCAGGCUCCUCCCCCUGGGCGCUCCUCCCGCCGCCGCCGGCUGCUCUGCCCUUCCUGCUGCUUCUCUGGGCCGGGGCCUCUCGGGGUCAGCCGUGCCCGGGCCGCUGCAUCUGCCAGAACGUGGCGCCCACGCUGACCAUGCUGUGUGCCAAGACAGGCCUGCUCUUCGUGCCGCCCGCCAUCGACCGGCGCGUGGUGGAGCUGCGGCUCACCGACAACUUCAUCGCCGCCGUCCGCCGGCGGGACUUCGCCAACAUGACCAGCCUGGUGCACCUCACCCUGUCCCGCAACACCAUCGGCCAGGUGGCCGCCGGCGCCUUCGCCGACCUCCGCGCCCUGCGCGCGCUGCACCUGGACAGCAACCGGUUGGCCGAGGUGCGCGGCGACCAGCUCCGCGGCCUGGGCAACCUGCGCCACCUCAUCCUGGGCAACAACCAGAUCCGCCGCGUGGACGCGGCCGCCUUCGACGCCUUCCUGGCCACCGUGGAGGACCUGGAUCUGUCCUACAACAACCUGGAGGCCCUGCCCUGGGAGGCGGUGGGGCAGAUGGUGAACCUCAACACCCUCACGCUGGACCACAACCUCAUCGACCACAUCGCCGAGGGCACCUUCGUGCAGCUCCACAAACUCGUCCGCCUGGACAUGACCUCCAACCGCCUCCAUAAACUGCCCCCCGACGGGCUCUUCCUGCGCUCCCAGGGCGCGGGGCCCAAGCCCCCCACGCCACUCACCGUCAGCUUCGGGGGCAACCCGCUGCACUGCAACUGCGAGCUGCUCUGGCUGCGCCGCCUGACCCGCGAGGACGACCUGGAGACGUGCGCCACGCCCGAGCACCUCACCGACCGCUACUUCUGGUCCAUCCCCGAGGAGGAGUUCCUGUGCGAGCCGCCGCUCAUCACGCGGCAGGCCGGCGGCCGCGCCCUGGUGGUGGAGGGCCAGGCGGUCAGCCUGCGCUGCCGCGCCGUGGGCGACCCCGAGCCCGUGGUGCACUGGGUGGCGCCUGACGGCCGCCUGCUGGGCAACUCCAGCCGGACCCGGGUCCGGGGCGACGGGACGCUGGAUGUCACCAUCACCACCUUGCGGGACAGCGGCACCUUCACUUGCAUCGCGUCUAACGCGGCGGGGGAGGCCACGGCCCCCGUGGAGGUGUGCGUGGUGCCCCUGCCGCUGAUGGCGCCCCCGCCCGCCGCGCCCCCGCCGCUCACCGAGCCGGGCUCCUCGGACAUCGCCACGCCCGGCCGACCCGGUGCCAACGAGUCCGCCGCUGAGCGCCGCCUUGUGGCGGCGGAGCUCACCUCGAACUCGGUGCUCAUCCGCUGGCCCGUGCAGAGGCCGGUGCCCGGCAUCCGCAUGUACCAGGUCCAGUACAACAGCUCCGCAGAUGACUCCCUCGUCUACAGGAUGAUCCCGUCCACCAGUCAGACCUUCCUGGUGAAUGAUUUGGCUGCGGGCCGCGCCUACGACCUGUGCGUGCUGGCCGUCUACGACGACGGGGCCACGACGCUGCCGGCCACCCGGGUGGUGGGUUGUGUGCAGUUCACCACGGCUGGGGACCCGGCGCCCUGCCGCCCGCUGCGCGCCCACUUCCUGGGCGGCACCAUGAUCAUCGCCAUCGGCGGCGUCAUCGUCGCCUCGGUCCUCGUCUUCAUCGUCCUGCUCAUGAUCCGCUACAAAGUCUACGGCGACGGGGACGGGCGCCGCGGCAAGGGCACGUCGCGGUCGCCCCCGCGGGUCAGCCACGUGUGCUCGCAGACCAACGGCGCGGGCGCCGCGCAGGCCCCGCCGGCACCCGACCGCUACGAGGCGCUGCGGGAGGUGGUGACCCCGGGCGCCGUGGCCGUCGAGGCCAAGGCCGCCGCCGAGCCGGCCCGCAGCGAGCCCGAGGCGGCCCUGGGACGCGCCCUGGGCGGCUCGGCCACGUCGCUGUGCCUGCUGCCGUCGGAGGAGACCUCCGGGGAGGAGCGCCGGGGCGCGGCGGGCCCGCGGAGGAGCCGCUCUGGGGCGCUGGGGCCGCCCGCCUCGGCGCCCCCGACGCUCGCCCUGGUCCCCGGGGGGGCCCGGCCCAGGCCGCAGCAGCGCUACUCGUUCGACGGGGACUACGGGGCGCUCUUCCAGAGCCACAGUUACCCGCGCCGCGCCCGCCGGACAAAGCGCCACCGCUCCACGCCGCACUUGGACGGGGCCGGAGGGGGCGCGGCCGGGGAGGACGGAGACCUGGGACUGGGCUCCGCCAGGGCGCGCCUGGCCUUCACCAGCACCGAGUGGAUGCUGGAGAGUACCGUGUGAGCGGCGGGCGGGCGGGCGCCGUGGACACUGCCCAGCCGCCCGGACGCUGGGGCCAGGACUCGGGGAGAAGAUGCAACGCCGAGACGCGGGGUUCGGAGUGGAGACGCGCCCUCUCCUCCGCCACCUCCUCCUCCUCUUCCUCCUCCUCCUCCUCCCCGGAGGGGGCGGGGCUGCCUCAGGCCGGGCGGAGGCCACGCCCCGGGGCGGGGCCCGGACGCGCCCUCCCGUGACUCCUCCCACUCCUGCCCCUCCCCCCGCGCGCUCGCGGACCUCGCUGGAGCCGGUGCCUUACACAGCGAAGCGCGGGGAGGGGCAGGGCCCCCCCGACACUGCAGCACUGAGACACGAGCCCCCUCCUCCCGCCCGGGACCCGGGACCCGGGCCAGGGCCGGGGGGCCCAUUCCUUGUAUCUGGCUGGACUAGAUCCUAUUCUGUCCCGCGGCGGCCUCCAAAGCCCCCAACCCCAUCCCGUUCAAUUUCCCUGGUCCUGUCGGGUCUGGCUUGGGGUUCCCCUUUCUUUGCUCCUCCGUCUGUCUCUGUGCCGCCCUCCAUCCGUCUCUGUCUUAUGUCUCUGUCACUCCCUCUUGGUGUCCUUUCUCUGUAGCGUCCAGACACCCCCAUUUCGUACAGUCUCUCAAGAUUACCUCUCCCCCCUCCACCCCACAACGCAUCUCCCGGGCAGGUCCCACCGGAAGGACCAGAUUAUCUUCCUCUUUCCCCCUCCAAAUAAAUCCCCACAUGAACAAAGUCCAAAACCAAAUCCUCCUCCCUCGCCGGAGCCGGGACCCUCCGCCGCAGCAGAAUUAAAAUUUUUUCUGUGUCCGAGGC